UCUGGCAGUCGGCCUCAACAUGGGCUCAGGAUGGGAGCCAGGGGACUCGGAUGCCACUACAAUCGGCACAGAUGACGAUGACCUUGACACCCCACGUCCCUCUGCCCGCCUUGCUCUCGCUCGUAUGUCUCGCAUUUUGUCAAACCUCGAUCGCAGGCGACAGAACACCUCGUCCCUCGACGAGCACCCGCACACCGAUCAAGCAGCGGUCCUCGCCUCCUGAAACUAAAACCCCCGUCGCCGUCGUGGACCUCGCCGGCGACAGUGACAGCGACAAUGCAUCAUCCUCGUUCAACGAGGGCGCGGCCGCCUACGAGGAGUUCAAGAACCGGAAGUCCCUCAAACGCAAGCGGCAGUCCACGAGCGCGCGGAAAAGCAACGUCAACAAGCCUCUGAAACUCGGACCUCCCACCACCAGCUCCUUCGUUGGCCGACUUCCGAAAUCGAAUGCAAAGGCCAAGCCGCGGCGGCCGCUGAGAGAGUAUGGCGCAGAGUAUUCCUCCGAGGAUGAGUUGAUGGAAUACACCCUCCCCGACUACUUGCAGAGGCGUCGAGUGCAGUUCGACCGCCGGAUGGAACAUCUCAAGGCGUCGGGGUUGAAGUUGCCUCCCAGCUACGACCAGGUCGAAUUCUCAGACGACGAGCGGCUUGAAUUCCUGCAGGAGAAGCCGGCCUUUGAGCAUCUGAGGCCGUGUAAUCACUACAAGGAUAUCACGCUGCCUUACUCCCUGGGACUGAUCCCCGCCCCAAUCGCGCAGUGGCUGCGUCAAUAUCAAGUAGACGGCGCGGCCUUCCUACAUGAGUUGUUCGUAUACCAGAAGGGCGGAAUCCUCGGGGACGAUAUGGGCUUAGGGAAGACCGUGCAGGUGAUCGCCUUCCUUACGGCUGCCUACGGGAAGACGGGGGAUGAAAGAGAUGCGAAGCGCAUGAGAAAGAUGCGCCGCAGUGGACAAGACUGCUGGUAUCCGCGGACGCUGAUCGUCUGUCCGGGGACCUUGAUCAAGAAUUGGAUCUCGGAGCUGGCCCGCUGGGGCUGGUGGUCGGUCGAUACCUACCACGGUGACAGCAAGGAGCUCGCGCUCCAAGCCGCAAGGUCCGGACGAAUUGAGAUCCUGAUCACCACCUACAGCACCUACCUGCACAACAAAGAUGCCGUCAACAUGGUGGACUGGGAUUGCGUCAUUGCGGACGAGUGCCAUAUCAUCAAGGAGCGCAAGUCGGAAACGACCAAAGCGAUGAAUAUGAUCAACGCGCUCUGUCGGAUCGGCCUCACGGGCACCGCAAUCCAGAACAAAUACGAGGAGCUUUGGACGCUGCUGAACUGGUGCAAUCCGGGCAAACUGGGCCCGGUGACCGUCUGGAAGAAGACGAUCUCUGAGCCUCUCAAGCUCGGGCAGUCGCACGAUGCCACUGUGUACGAGCUCCGUAAGGCCCGUACGACGGCCAAGAAGCUUGUCGAGAAUCUCCUGCCGCAGUUCUUCCUCCGGCGCAUGAAGACUCUGAUCGCCGACCAAUUGCCCAAGAAAGUCGACCGGGUCGUCUUCUGCCCGCUUACCGAGACGCAGGCCGCGGCCUACGAGAACAUCCUGGAGAGCGAGAUCGUCACAUACAUCAAGACAUCGACCGAUCCCUGUGACUGCGGCUCCGGGAGGAAAUCUGGCUGGUGCUGCCACCAGCUCCUGCCCUCUGGGGCGAAAUGGCAAAGCUACGUGUUCCCGGCCAUCGCCGUGCUCCAAAAGCUCAGCAACCACCUCGCCAUCCUCAUCCCCCAGGGUGGCGAUCCCGCGGAGAAACAGGAGAAGGACAAGGAGAUGCUCGAGCUGGCGGUGCCGGAGCAGUGGGAGAAGCUGUACCGCUCGCGGGACUCGAUCGUCAACUUCGCCAACCCGGAGUUCUGCGGCAAGUGGAAGGUGCUGCGGCAGCUGCUGAAAUGGUGGCACGCCAACGGCGACAAGGUGCUGGUGUUCAGCCACAGCGUGCGGCUCCUCAAGAUGCUGCAGAUGCUCUUCCACUACACCAGCUACAACGUCAGCUACCUGGACGGGUCGAUGAGUUACGAGGACCGCACGAAGGUGGUGGACGAGUUCAACUCGGACCCGCGGCAGUUCGUCUUCCUGAUCUCGACACGCUCCGGCGGCGUGGGGCUCAACAUCACCUCGGCCAACAAGGUGGUGAUCGUCGACCCCAACUGGAACCCUUCGCACGACCUGCAGGCGCAGGACCGCGCCUACCGCAUCGGCCAGUCGCGCGACGUCGAGGUCUUCCGCCUCAUCUCCGUCGGCACCAUCGAGGAGAUCGUCUACGCCCGCCAGAUCUACAAGCAGCAGCAGGCCAACAUCGGCUAUAACGCCAGCUCGGAGCGCCGCUACUUCAAAGGCGUGCAGGAGAACAAGGACAAGAAGGGCGAGAUCUUCGGGAUGGACAACCUCUUCGCCUACCGCACCGACAACAUCGUCCUCCGCGAGAUCGUCAACAAGACCAACGUCGCCGAAAGCCGCGCCGGCGUCCAAGUCAUGGACAUUGACCUGACCGCGAUGGCGAAGGAGGAGGAUGACCCGGACCAUCCCCUCAAUAACACACCCCAGCCCGCCCACGAAGACACCACCACCGACGCCGUCAUGAACAACCUCGCCGCCAUGAUCCGCGGCGAGACCGCCCCGUCAUCAACCCGCCCCGCCCACCCAGCCCAAAACCCCCCGCCCCGCCACGACCCAAUCCAAGCCAUCCUCGCCAACGCCGGCGUCGAAUACACCCACCUCAACAACGAAGUCAUCGGCUCCUCCAAGGUCGAGGAACGCCUCAGCCGCCGCGCCCAGCUCACCGCCGACGACCACCGCGCCCUCGACAAGCGGGUCUUCGCUGCCGCAUCUCGCAACUCGCAAUCCCAGUCCCAACCGCAAUCGCAAUCGCAGCUCCUACUGUCUUCGCAGCCAUCCGGUCAACAGCAGCCUUACGUUAAGUAUAAAUUCCACCCACCGCGGGGGGUCAUGAAGCGCCAGUUCUGUAGUAUGGCGCGGCGGUUCGGGUUCGCGAAUGCGACCGAGUUCGCUUUGGUGGUGGAGGGCAUGACGCAGGCGGAGCGGCGGGCGUGUUUAGAGCGGUGGUAUGCUGAGCGGAGGGAGGAGAAUUUUACUGAGAUGAAGGCCGAGGUGAAGGCCGAGGGUGGUGGUGGUGGUGGUGGUGGUGAAGGAGAUGGGAGAGGAGGUUGAACAGGUUUGGGAUUCUUACACUAGCUGGCAUCUGGGUGGGGGUUUUCUUCUGUCCAUUUUUAAAUUACCCCUUGGUUUGGUAUUGGUAGGUAAUUGGGGACAACUCUUUCCAGGCUUCGAUUUAUCUAUCGGGUUGGAAUGCAUUGUCGGUCAGGAUAUGCAAUAUCUACAAGCAACAAUCAAACAAACGAUACCCCUUUCUUUCAGGCAGACACAUACUACAUGAGUUACGG